UCACGUUCUUAUCAGUACCGAAGACACAUGUUCCUCCAUAUCAACACACACUGAACCUACCCUCUUACACUUCCAUGCUGCUCUUGUGUUCAUCGGAGUUCAUCCACCACUGAACUCACUCAUCCUUCCGAUCAGCCAUGGCGCUGACCGCCUUCGUUGAAGUCAAACCGGACUCACACUUCUCCAUACAUAACCUGCCCUAUGGUAUCUUUAAACAUCGCACAGAUUCUACCGUCACUCCAAGGCCCGGAGUUGCGAUCGGAGACUACGUUCUCGAUCUCUCUGCGAUUCAUUCGGCUGCUUUGUUUGACGGUCCCUUGAUUUCCGGUUCUGAUUGUUUUCAUCAGUCAAACCUUAACAAGUUUCUAGAACUGGGAAGACCAGCAUGGAAGGAAGCUCGUGCUACUCUGCAAAAGCUAUUAUCAUCUACUGAACCGGCUUUACAAAAUAAUGCAAGUUUAAGGCAGAAGGCACUUUUACCUAUGGAUGAGGUAGAAAUGCUUCUUCCUAUUGCUAUCGGGGACUACACAGACUUCUUUUCAUCCAUGCAUCAUGCUAAGAAUUGUGGGACCAUAUUCAGGGGUCCGGAGAAUCCAAUUAAUCCCAACUGGUUUCAUCUCCCCAUCGCCUAUCAUGGACGAGCAUCAUCUAUUGUUAUAUCUGGCACUGAUAUUAUUAGACCAAGAGGUCAAGGUCAUCCGAGUGGUAACUCUCCACCAUACUUUGGACCUUCAAGAAAACUGGACUUUGAGCUUGAAAUGGCUGCUGUAGUUGGACCAGGGAAUGAACUAGGAAAGCCAAUAGAUGUUAACGAGGCUGCAGACCACAUUUUCGGAGUAGUGCUAAUGAAUGACUGGAGUGCAAGAGACAUUCAAGCAUGGGAGUAUGUGCCUCUUGGUCCGUUUCUCGGCAAAAGUUUCGGGACUACAGUAUCACCAUGGAUCGUAACUCUUGACGCUCUUGAACCAUUUGCUUGUGAUGCUCCCAAUCAGAUCCCUCCACCUUUGCCGUAUCUUGCGGAGAAAGUUUCCAAGAACUAUGAUAUUUCUUUGGAAGUUCAGGUUAAACCGGCUGGACAAGAAGAAUCAUUCACCAUCACAAGGACCAAUUUCAACCACUUGUACUGGACUCUAACGCAACAACUUGCACACCAUACUAUUAACGGCUGUAACUUGAGGCCUGGAGAUCUCCUUGGAACUGGAACAAUAAGUGGACCUGAAUCUGAAUCUUAUGGAUGCUUGUUAGAGUUAACAUGGAACGGAACAAAAGAGUUGUCUCUUGGUAAAACGACUCGUAAAUUUUUGGAAGAUGGAGAUGAAGUUAUCAUCAGUGGUUGCUGCAAAGGGAACGGUUACAAUGUUGGAUUUGGUACGUGCUCAGGGAAGAUCGUACCGUCUAUGCCAUAAUUACCAUAUUAGUUCACAGGUAAAUCAAGGGAGCUAGUGCAGGUGGCGUGUACUGCAAAUGACAAAAUGGACUAUUGUUGACGGAAUGUGUUUGGAAACUCCUGAAGGAUGACAUCUGUAUGUAGUAUUAUAAAUCAAUAAACCAUGUUAUUAUGCUGUAAUCAAAACCCCAUUUUACAAAGCUAUGGGGUAGAAUUUGGCGUAAAAUCUCUCCAUCCAUUUAGUACGCUAUGGUUAACGGAGUGUGCAAGAUUCACCAACUCUUGUUUCAACUUUGCAAUUGCGUAUGGUGGAUUGCCAUUUUAUGUCAUGAAGUUUCUAAUUUACAAGGCA